AUGAUUAAGGAUUUGAGCGCCAACCCUCUCCCUGAUAAAGAAAGUGAUGACAUUUUACUGUUCUUUAAACUUUAUGAGCCUGAGAAAAAGGAGUUAACGUAUGCUAGAAGACUUUUUGUCAAGAGCUGUGACAAGCCAUCAGAUAUUCUAGAGAGGUUAAAUCAGCUUGCAGGCUAUGCUCCUAAUGAAGAGAUCGAACUCUUCGAGCUAGAGGAUGGGGACAUUGUCUGGUAUCAAAUGUCACUGUCUGCUCAAACAAGGAAGCUAUUUUCUUGCCCGGAUAUUCCAACUUUCCUUGAAUACCAGCAUAGCCUUCAAGAAAAAAGAAAGAGGACUGGAAUCUAUACAUUGAUUCUUUUUUUUCGCAAUUUUUUUGUUGAACCGUAUGCAUCAAAAGGUGCAUGUACGGUUCUUAAGGGAUACAAUUUUACCCUACUCAACCGACUUUAUCGAGAAAGAUUACUUUUUUUAGGACAAGAAGUUCAGAGCGAGAUCUCGAAUCAACUUAUGGGUCUUAUGGUAUAUCUCAGUAUUGAGGAUGAUACCAAAGAUCUGUAUUUGUUUAUAAACUCUCCUGGCGGAUGGGUAAUAUCUGGAGUAGGUAUUUAUGAUACUAUGCAAUUUGUGCGACCAGACGUCCAUACAAUAUGCAUAGGAUUAGCCGCGUCAAUGGGAUCUUUUAUCCUGGUUGGAGGAGAAAUUACCAAACGUCUAGCAUUCCCUCACGCUUGGGUAAUGAUCCAUCAACCUGCUAGUUCUUUUUAUGAGGCGCAAGCGGGAGAAUUUAUCCUGGAAGCGGAAGAACUGCUGAAAAUACGCGAAACCCUCACAAGGGUUUAUGUAGAAAGGACGGGCAAACCAUUAUGGGUUGUAUCUGAAGACAUGGAAAGAGACGUUUUUAUGUCAGCAACAGAAGCCAAAGCUUAUGGAAUUGUUGAUCUUGUAGCAGUUGAAUGAAAAAAAAAAUGGAUUUUGUGCAAAUCCGUGAUUUGAGAUUUUAUCUCCGAGUUUACUAUUCUAUUAAAUAGAAUAAAUUCAUAAUCAUCCGGUUAGGAUCAAUCUAAACCAGCCCAUUAUGUAUAUCAUUCAACAUGCCAACUAUUAAACAACUUAUUAGAAAUGCAAGACAGCCAAUUCGAAAUGUCACGAAAUCCCCCGCUCUUCGGGGAUGUCCUCAGCGUCGAGGAACAUGUACUAGGGUGUAUGUGCGACUCGUUUAGAUCAUGAGCUGACACAAAAAAAGCAAGAAAACCGCUUUCCAGUAUGAAUGAUCAGUACCAAUGAAUAGGAUAGAAUGGAAGAAGGAACUCCAUUCGCUAUCUAAAAAUAAGCAAAUCGAUCCCUCUAUUGUGUAUAAAGUUUAUGGUUUCCAUUGGUGCAAACCCAAUCACCUGAAUUUAAGAUGAGAAGCAAUUCUCCAUUGGUAGCAAAUGGUUAUCCAUUAAGCGGAGGAAAUCUUAUUGAAAUUCAAAAAAAACAUAAAAAUGAAGUUCUUACUCGGUCAAGAACGGACUACGAGGGUCAGCUACCCAGCUAACUUUCAGAAUUAAAUACCGUUACUGUAUAAGUGGGUCUGAUUGUGAAAGACCUGUUACUGGAUAAUUCAUGGGUAGAGCCAAAGAGUGUGGUGUGAACUAUACAAGUUCCCAAUAACAUUGAUUAAAUGAAGUAAAGGCUCCGGUGUAUAGAGAAGACCUCACCGUUUAAGAAGUAACCAUAGAAACGAUGGAACCCACUAUUUCUUUAUCCAUUUAAUCUUUUUUUUAUUGACUAUAUUUUUGACACCUAGCAAAAGAAAAUUUCUUAUUUCUUUCGUAUUUCGCAGUAAAAUACCUAAAAAAAGAAAAAAUCGUGGUCGGGAAGGUUAUAGUAGCCAAAGCCAUUGGAAUUUGUAUUUUAUACAUUGGAAAAAUCCGUUUGGUUAUUAAUAGACCAAGGCGGGGAAAAUAAUAACUGAAAGAAAAGAAAUCAAUUAGUUAUUCGUCAAAGUUUGAUUUAUUCAAUGACCAGAAUUAAACGCGGAUAUAUAGCUCGGAGACGUAGAACAAAAAUUCGUUUAUUUGCAUCAAGUUUUCGAGGGGCUCAUUCAAGACUUACUCGAACUAUUACUCAACAGAAAAUAAGAGCUUUGUUUUCGGCUGAUCGAGAUAGGGAUAAGCAAAAGAGAAAUUUUCGUCGUUUGUGGAUCACUCGGAUAAACGGAGUAAUUCGAGAAAGGGGAGUAUCCUAUAGUUAUAGUAAAUUAAUACAUCAUCUAUACAAGAAACAGUUGCUUCUUAAUCGUAAAAUACUGGCCCAAAUAGCUAUAUCAAAUAGGAAUUGUCUUUAUAUGAUUUCCAACGAAAUCAAAAAAGAAGUAGAUUUGAAAGAAUACACCGCAAUAAUUUAAAUGGAGUUCCCCGGAGAAUGAACUCCGGGAAGGUGGAGUCGAAAUUACUAUGAGAAAAUAUGCUAAAGUGGUCAAAAUGAAUGAACACGUUCAAUAAAAAAAUCUUUUUUUUCCGAUUCGUUUUUUUUCUUACGACACGAUAAUCAAAUCUAGAUUCUCGGAUUUGUCGAACAAAAUCCCAAUCCGCCUUUCAGUUCCGAUUGGAAUUCUGAUUCAAGUGAACAAAGAAUAAGCCUAUUUAUUUCUGGUUCUAAGACCGGUAGUUCUGGCGGUCGACUCGGUUCUUUCAAAUUGUUUCUCAUUAUUGAGAAAAGGUAACAAAGAUAAAAUACGAGCUUGUUUUAUAGCAAUAGUAAUUAAUCGUUGUUGUUUCAAGGUCAAUCUAUUUACUCGUCUAGAUAAUAUUUUUCCUUGUUCACUAAUAAAUCGACUAAUUAAACUCAUGUUUCUAUAAUCAAUUCGAUCCCCCGAUUGAAUCGGGGGCAAACGCCUACGAAAAGAUCGCUUGGAUUUAAGAAAAGGUCGCUUGGAUUUAUCCAUGGUUUGUUUGUUUAGUUUAUUUCUUAUCCCGAAAAUCCUAUUUCUUAAUUGUCAUUUUAACCCCAAAUAAAAUAGGAUUAUUAUUUAUUUAAAUAUGUUCUAUUUAUAUUUCAAUAUCUUCUAUAUAAUGUCAUUUUUCCCCUUUCAAGGAUAAGACAUACUCAGUUCGAUCUAUUUCUUUAUUUCCCCAUGAAUCGUAUGUUUGUAACAAUAGGGACAGAAUUUUAUCAAUUCUAAUCGAUCAGGCGUAUUGUGCCGGUUCUUUUGAGUAAUAUAUCUGGAAAUGCCCGUUGAUACCUUCUUAUCACUGUUUCGGAUACAACUGGUACAUUCCAAAAUCACCGUUACUCGCGCAUCUUUCCUCUUGGCCAUGAACCUCCUUUGGGUUUUUGAUUUACUCAACUCUUCUAUUUUGAAUUUUGAUUCGAAACGAAGAAAAAGAAAGGAAGGAAAAAAUAGAAGUUAGUAACUUGAAAUCCAACUCUAAAAGAUCAAAAUCAAUAAAGUAAUAAUAAAUCAAAGCAAAGCCAUAGUAAAUAAUAAGUAAGACAAUGAUUUCGAAACUCUAUUUCAACCCGAAGGACGGUAUUUCAGUUAAAGAUCUUGUAUUCUUGCCCUAGACCCGCAUUUUCCUACUCUACCCCCAUGCCUCUCUUAGUAAUAUUCAUUUAAUUAGAAUUUGAACCCGAGUCUCGCAGACGUUGAAUCCACUUUUAUUCUUUCUCUUUCGUCCCUUGUUGUAAAACUUAGAAAAAAGGGAAAAAAGAGAAAAAAAGGGAGGGGGAGGGAUUAGUCACAGCUAUUUGAUUCUAUCUCUAAUCUUCUUCAUUCCUUCCGAUGUCAAUAACUAGAAUGAAAAAAAGGGGAAUGUCAACGCAUCCGGGAAAAAACGAUUAAUCUCUAUCAAUAGACCUGCUAAAGCCCCGAACCAUAGCGUACUUAGUACUGGGGCCACGGAGAGAUAUGUUUUUAGAUCUCGCAUUGAAAAACCUCCUUUUUUUAUUUAUUGUAAUACAUAAAGCAUAUAUGAUCAGAUACAUAUGUAGUUAAGGGCCACUUAAAGUUGUACACGGAAUCCCUAAUUCAAAUUGAAAUGUACAACGAUCCAUAAGAUUUUACUUUUCUGAAAAUUAAAACAGAAAAAAAUACAUCCCCUCUUAGCGAGUAGUUCUGAAAAAUACUCAUUUUUUUU